AUGAAAAAGAAGGGGUUACUGGGCCAGAGAAUGCAAGGAAAAGGCAAGGAAGGUAGAUUGCACUCUGCUUUCUUUAUUGUAGUGGCACCAAAAGUAAAAGCAGGCUCCAGUUCACAAGUUAAGGCAACAGAGGAAACUGUAGAUGAGUUCAAGUCAACUGGUAUUAAAGCAGCAGGGGCAUGUCUGAUGCUGAUGGUGUUGAACCUCCUCCUAUGGGAGAAGGUAGCCUCUGUUCCCAUGCAUGCUGUUUUGGCUGACCAUGGUGUGAUGUCUCUAAAGGACCUUCUUGAUCAUGCCAUCACACUGUCUUAUAGUAUCACAGAGCUCACUGCAGAAACUCAAAGAAUAUUUCUGGAGGAUGUGCAAUAUACACCAAGCCGGUGGUUUCCCGAAAGAGACCUCACUGGCUGCCACACAUCUGCCAUUUCUGUUUCAAUACCUAAGGAUGGAGCCCAACAUAUUCAAGGUGCAUUUCUUCUGAAAGAGAUGAUCGGUUUGUUGGGAACUUGGAAAGACACUCUGUAUUACAUAGAAACUGUACUAAGUCACAUGCAAGAUGCUCCCAGUGAUAUAAUAUCAAGAGCCAAAAACAUAGAAGCAAAAAUCAAGGAACUUCUAGAAGCUCUAAAGACAAUACUCAGCAAGAUUCAACCUGGAUUCCCAGAAAGUCAUGCAUACCCCAACUGGAAUGGACUGGCAUCCUUGCAGUCACGUGAUGAAGAGACUCGUUUUUUUGCCUUAUAUAACUUUCUCAAGUGCCUGACCAAUGAUUCACGUAAAGUUUACUCUAAUCUCAGAAUUCUGCAGUGCAAACUUCUCUACAGAAGAGAUUGUUAA